ACGAAAGAAAAACAUUUGAAUCUUCUUAGUUGUUUAUAAGUUCAAAAUGGCUGCAGUCUGUAAUUGAGCUUCUUAUUCUAAACAGCUAUUUCUUAGUAUAAUUGAAUAAAGUGUACGUCGAAUUCUGGUUCAAAAAUGGAAGAAUUGCUUAAAGAAGAAAGUAAGGAUGUGCAAGAACUAAUAGCGAAAUAUUUCUCUCCGAGCGAAUGGCUUAAAAUCCCGAAAAGUAUUCGAUUUCGACAUUUGAAAAUGUCUCGUAAUUAUUUGAAAAUUAAUGAAAAAUGGACAGAUUUUAUAGUGAACCCCAUGCCUAAACCAGAAUUCAUGAAAGAAAAAGAAAAGAAAACAGUUUCAAAGGGACUUAAACGACCAAUAACCAGCAAAAUUAAAUUACCAUCAAAAAUGUCCAAAUUAGCACCCAAAUCGACACCCAAAUUAGCACCCAAAUCAACAUCCACAUUAGCACCCAAAUCAACAUCCACAGUAGUUGAAAAAAGACUUCCUAAACGAAACGUUACCCGAAAAAAUUACUUUGAGGAUACAGAACCUGACAAUGAUCGAUAUGUUUAUUGCGACAAUUGUGAGGAAGAUUAUGUGGAUUAUUGUUCGAAAUGUGGAAUGUUGAUUUGUUUGGAUAACAUUAUUGUCCCAAUGGGUAUUACAGAUCGAGCAAGAAAAACUGUGCCUUCUGGUGUCCUUGAAAUCAGGAAAUCCACCAUUCACGGCUUAGGAGUGUUUGCUAUCAAAAGGAUUCAGAAAGGCGUACGUAUGGGCCCUUAUGAAGGCUAUAUAACCAAAAUUGAGGCUAAGAAGGGUUUUGCAUGGAAAUUGAAACAUGGACGGGUGAUCGAUGCCAGUGACGAAAAGAAUUCGAAUUAUUUAAGAUAUGUGAAUUGUGCCACGAAUGUCUCGCAACAAAAUUUAAUUGCCUAUCAAUAUAAAGGGGAACUUUAUUAUAGGACUUUUAGAGAUAUUUUGAUAGGAGAAGAAUUACUGGUAUAUUAUGGGCCCGAAUUCGCCGAAAACUUAGGUAUUGAUCCAAAAAAGUAUUUUGAACCAACAGAGGAAGAAAGCCAACCAGAUUUCUUUACUUGCAAGCAUUGCAGCAUUGGUUUAAGCACGAAGGAAUAUAGGAACACCCAUGAACGUUUUUGUAAAUUCCAACCUAACAAAAUGAAGACGAUGGACGUUACGAAUUUAUUUAUUUGCACGUAUUGCGAAGCGGGGAUCAAAACUGAAGAAUUGUUAAUUUCGCAUGAAAAACGUUGCCCAAAAAAUGAAGAGACUAUUCAAAGGAAAAAUGGAGCGAACAACAAAAACAAGAAUUACAAAUGCGACUAUUGCGAUUAUGCUGCGACACAAAAAAGUCCUUUAACGCAACACGUAAAAAUCAUUCAUAAAAAAGAUAAAGCGGAAGUUUAUCAUUGCAACAACUGCGAUUUUAAAACUUAUCACAAAAAUUAUUUAACUAAGCACAAAAAACGACACGAAGGGUAUAAUUCUCAUCGGUUUGCUUGUACAAGUUGUUCCAAAGGGUUUAUUAAACGAUUCGAACUCGAGUCGCAUAUUUUAACGAAUCAUCCCGAAAAUAUUCACCUUAUCACCGGGGAAAUUAAAUAUUGUAAUUUGUGUACAUAUAAAACCUUAAACGCCACUCAUUUGACUAAGCAUAUGUUUACACAUACAAGAGACAUUAAUAAAAAAUAUUCGUGUUCGGAAUGUGGGUAUUCGACUAACAAUAAAAAUCAUUUAAAACAGCACAUAUUGACACAUGGUAAAGAACAAUUGUAUCUCUGUACUGAAUGCAAAAAACGAUUUAACCAAAAAAAUCAAUUAGAUGCUCAUAUUGUCAGCAAACAUAGUAAAAAUGAUUUACUAAGUAAAUCGGUAACAAAUAGAACGUACACGUGCGAUAUAUGUAAAUAUAAAUGUACGAAACGAGCGAAUUUUAAAAACCAUUUAGCAACGCACACCGGACUUAAAUCGUUUUUUUGUAAAGAAUGCAAACAAGGUUUUAUCGAGAAACAUAAUUUGGAUUCGCAUAUAUUGAGCAAACACAAAAAUAAUGUUUUAUUGAUUAAAACGAUUACUUCGAAAAUACAUUCGUGUCAUUUUUGUGAUUAUCAAACUGUUUGGACGACUAAUAUUAAAACCCAUUUAAACACUCAUUUGAAAAAAGCGUACAAUAUGUUUCAAAAAAAAUUUGAAGGUAUAUCUAAAGGUAUUUAUAGUACCUGUAAACGAUAUAAAAUAAAUGCGCCAGUAGGCGACCAAUUAGAAGGCUCAUAUUAGUUAUUUAUAAUAGUCUAAUCAACAAGUUCAAAAGCGUGUUUUUGGGACAUACUAUUACGAAAAUUAUGUUCAAUAGCUCAUUCGAUUCGGAAUACGAGGAUGUAUCAGAAAAUAAUAAUAAUAAUAAUAAUUUAUUUGCAGUAUUACAGGUAAAUUUGCAUUAAAUACAUAAAUUUUAUCGAACAAAAUAGUAUAAUACUACAAAAAGGGAAUAGCAGACAGCAUAGCUGAUAUUAAUUGCUAUCCCUAAUAAAGAAAAGAAAAAAAUUAAAAUAAUAAAAUACAACGAAUAAAGUGUGGCAUAAUCGAGACAAAAAUAUAAAUACACAUUUUAUAAAUGUAAUAUUACAUUUUAUUAUAAUAUCUAAUGGUUGUUUUGACUAGAUAUUUUCUGACAUCAAGAGAUGUUUAUACUUUUGCUUAAACAUAUUUGUCGAAAGAUGUUUGAGUUUAGGAGGAACCAGGUUAUAUAGUUUAAAUAUCAUAUAAGAGAAUGAACCUUGAAAUUUGG